GAAAAAGAUGGAUGAAAGAGAUAAGGAAGGAAGGAUAUAAAAAGGAAGAAAUGGAAAAGACAUUGAGUGCAAAGAAGAUUUAUGGAUGAUGAAUAGGAAAUAAGAAAGAUGGUUGAAAGAAAGGGAAAGAAAAAGGAUGGAUGAGUGAAAAGAAAGAUGGAUGGAUAGAAAAAAGAAGGAAGGAAGGAUGGAUGAUAAAAAUAAGCAAGGAUUGAUAUGAAAAGAUGUAUGGAUGAGUGGAAAGAAAGAAGGAAGCAUGAAUAGAUGGGUGGAAAGAAGGAUGUGUAGAUGGAUGGAUAGAUAGAUAGAUAGAUAGAUAGAUAGAUAGAUAGAUAGAUAGAUAGAUAGAUAGAUAGAUAGAUAGAUAGAUAGAUAGAUAGAUAGAUAGAUAGAUAGAUAGAUAGAUAGAUAGAUAGAUAGAUAGAUAGAUAGAUAGAUGGGAAAAUGGGGGGUAUUGUAAGAAUGAUGGAUGUAUAAAAAUAAAGAUGAAUGGAUGGAAAGAAAUAAAGGAUAGGAAAAUAAAACAAGGGAUGAUGGCAAAUAUGAUGGAUAGAAGGAAAGAAAAGAAAGAUGAAGAUUGAAAAAAUGAUAGAUGGAUGAAAAGAAAGAUUUGGGGGGGAAAAUGGAUAUAAUAAGGAUAAAUGGGUUAAAAAGGGUGUGGAUGUGUUAGAUUGAUAGAUCAGUAAACAGCAAUCAAACUUCUCUUUCUCUCUCUGUAAAUAGAUUGCUCUCUGUAUGCAAAUGUUCAGCUGAUAGUGAUUUGAGUUUAUAUCACACUCAGCCAUGCAGUACAAGGAUCACUUACAGUUUUGCAUAUUGUCAACAUCAUUAUGAAAAUAACACCACAUUUAUUUGAUAUGCUUUUUUGAGACCCUCUGCUCAGCGUUUGUGUAAAGACCACCGUCAUUUUUCCCUGAUUGUUUACUCACGUUUGAUCUGUGUUACAUGUUAUAAUGGGCUGAAAUCAGAUAAGAAAGAAUUGUUGAAAUGACAAACAUGGAUUAUCAAUAGCGUGGAGAGAUAUUGAUGUUUUCUUCCUCUGCAAUUUCGAGGCUCAUACAUGAGACUGAAGAACGGAAUGUUGUUACCUGCACAACAAUAUUGUCUCAAACAGCCUGAAGAAGCCAGCAAUCAUAUAUCUUUACCCAACAGCCUCAGCGGAAUGUAAUUUUCAAAGCCAGAUAUUGUUUUUGUUCAUCACGUACCAGAUGUUGAAUCAUGUCAAUUGCGUCAACUUUACGUUUUUAUUUAUUUAUUCGUCUCUGUGUUUUCUGUGGCUGUCUGUUGGAACCGAGAGGCUUUGUAAAAUAUGAGGUUUAUCAAACUUUCAGCGCUCAGCUAUUUUGACGAGCUUCGGUAAUACAUCACUGACAACUCUGAGCGGCCCGGCUGCACCGGCACAAGAGCGUCAGCGCGGGAAAGGGAGCGAUGCAUUUUUGAAAGUGAUUUAUGCGAAGCAAAAUAAAUGACGCGGCGUGGCCAGCUUGUAAAGUGCAGCCUUUGAAUGGAAGUGUAGCGGAUUAACAGCUCUGCUGCACUCUUUCUUUACUCCUGCCAAGAGAGCCGUGCUGGACAUGACCACUCGCCAUGAGCUCAACAUUUCCACUCCUCACGUGUCCUGUAGUGUCGGCCAUUGGCCCUGGAAAGCGGUUUCAGAAGUCAGGCUGAGAACGAUGAUGGGAAACGCUGACCCCUCCCUCCUUUUCGUUUUAGAAAAUACAUUCAUUUGAAUUGUCAGUCGGUGAAUGCGCAAGUAAAUAAUAUAUGAGAUCAUUUUGUUCCACUGAAACACAGCAGAAUACAGGAGAACGCUGCGCUGGGACCAUUUAGACUUCCACCAGGUAUGGAUGAGAGGACAAGCCAAGCAUCAUGGGCCUCAGGUGGCCAGUCCAGCCCGUCCUAUGAGUCCUCCAGGGGGUUUGGAGGCAGCACUCAUUAUGCUGAUCACUUGAGUGACAGUCGAUUAGUGUCCCAUGAAGGAUUGUCCCCAACACCUUUCAUGAGCUCCAGCAUAAUGGGCAAGUCUGAGAGGCCUCCAUUCUCUGGUUAUGGAAGAGAGCCAGGCGUCUCUGGAUGCCAGUCUAAUCUGAGGUCGGACAUGGGGCUGGCAAGCCCAGGGCCCGUCACCACCUCUGGGAAGUCGCCUACUCCGUUCUACUCUUAUACUGGCUCCAAUCCAAGAAGACGCCCCCUUCAGGACUCUGCUUCACUGGAUCCUCUGCAAACAAAGAAAGUGCGCAAGCCCCCUCCUGGCCUGCCUACAUCUGUGUAUGCACCAUCUCCCAGCUCAGAUGACUUCAACAGAGACUCUCCAUCUUACCCGUCCCCCAAACCCCCCAGCAGUAUGUUUGCAAGCACUUUCUUCGAUGGGACCCACAAUUCCUCUGACCCGUGGAACUCGUCCAGUGGGAUCAGCCAGCCAGGCUAUGGGGGAAUGCUGGGAGGAUCUUCAUCUCACAUGCCACAGUCUGGAAACUACAGCAACCUGCACUCACACGACCGCCUGAACUACCCGCCACACUCGGUGUCGCCCACAGACAUCAACGCUAGCCUGCCACCCAUGUCCAGCUUCCACCGCGGCAGUGCCAGCACCUCACCCUUCGUCACCGCGUCUCACACCCCACCAGUCAACACCGCAGAGGGAGUUAUGGCUGCUGCCAACCGAGGGAACGCCACUGGAAGCUCUCAAACUGGAGACGCGCUGGGAAAAGCCCUGGCUUCGAUUUAUUCUCCUGACCACACCAGCAGUAGUUUCCCCUCAAACCCCUCCACUCCAGUGGGCUCUCCCUCUCCUCUGACGGCUCAGGCGGGCGCUGGCACAGCAGGUACAGUGGUGACAGCCAGCGGCCCCACAGGAAGAGCAGGUACAACUCAGUGGCCCCGUGGGACUGGGCAGGCACCUUCCUCCCCAAACUACGAGAACUCCCUUCACUCUCUGAAAAAUCGUGUGCACCAGCAGCUUCAUGAGCAUCUGCAGGAUGCCAUGUCCUUCUUAAAGGAUGUCUGUGAGUCUCGGAUGGAGGACCGGCUGGACAGGCUGGACGAUGCAAUCCACGUCCUGCGGAAUCACGCUGUGGGCUCCACUGCCGCCCUGUCAAGCGACAUCCACAGCCUGUUAGGACAAGUGCACAAUGGGCCAGUCUCAGCCAUCGGCACCAAUUUCCCCGCUUCUGGAUUGGUCACCAACCGAACAGCACAAAUGGGCUCUGUUCACCGCGAAGAGACCGUCAGCCUGAACAACAACCACGGCGGCCUGCAGGCCAACGCCGGUCCCACCUCCAGCGCGGAGCUCAACCACCAGGCAGAAACAUUCAGAGGAAUCGCUAGUGCUCUGGCCAGUCAAAUUGCUCCUUCUCUGGACCUGAAGGUCGAGAAUCAAGAAAAAGACGACAUGCAUGAUAACCACUCCUCUGAUGACCUCAGAUCAGACGACGAGAGUGAAAAAAGGGAUAUGAAGCAGAAUCGGGGAAGCACUCGACCAAGCAGUGUCAAUGAAGAUGAGGACCUGAACCCCGAGCAGAAGGCAGAGCGUGAGCGCGAGAGGAGGAUGGCCAACAAUGCCCGUGAGAGGCUGCGAGUCCGGGACAUCAACGAGGCAUUCAAAGAGCUGGGCCGCAUGUGUCAGCUGCACUUGAAGAGUGAGAAGCCCCAGACCAAACUGCUCAUUCUUCACCAGGCCGUCGCUGUCAUUCUCAGCCUCGAACAGCAAGUCAGAGAGAGGAACCUAAACCCCAAAGCAGCCUGCCUUAAGAGGAGGGAGGAGGAGAAGGUGUCAGGGGUUUCAGGUGACCCCCAGCAAGCCCACCCGCCUGUGCACCCGGGCCUCACAGACACAUCCAACCCCAUGGGCCAUCUGUGAACAGCCAGAUCAAAUGGAUCCCGAUGGCGUGCGUUAGACAGAGUCGGUGACCUUGCUUUCCACGGGCGGACAGGACUCACAGUUUGUGACACAAAUUUGAAAAGACAGACCACUCGAAGCAAAAUUCCACCGUUAAGCAAUCCUGAGAUAGAAGAAAACUGGCAAGUGCCCAGCUCCCUGUGAAGACAUCCCAUAUCGAUAAGCAACUUUCUGCCCACCAGAAAAAAAAAAAAAAAAAAAUCAAGCAUAAAAGCCCCUCAGCACAUAUCGCUGUCUGCAAGCCGUGUGCCGCAGCUGUACAAUCAGAGACUGUCGCCAUCCCUCCACCCUGUACGUGGAAGUUGCCUUGUGCCUAAACUGAAUUGACGAAUGCAUUGUAACAGCAAUUUGUUCUUUUCUUUUCUUUUCUUUUUGCGUUUGUUUGUUUUUUUCCUAUUUAUUAUGUUACUGAGCUGUAAGUCUAUGUUUAAAGGGAAAGUUCUGACAUUGCUAUUAGAAGCUGGUGGCGUUUCAGUAGAUCUGCAGUUUGUCCGUCACAUCAGAGUCGUGUGCUGUCUGCAGCCUCGCUCUUGUCGGUCUGUGGUGGAAGGGCCUCUCCGCUCAGACAUCCACUCGAUCAGAUUAAUAUAUUCAGAUCAAAUUCCGUGCCCUCGUGAAAGAAUCUGAUGGCUCCCUGUGUCUAAAAAGAAAAGGAAAAAGAAAUAAUAUAUUAUUUAUAUUUAUCAUACAUUCAUUCCACAAAUAACAGCAUGAGAAACCAAAACUACCUAAUUCUUUAUUUGUAUGUUGAUAGUGUAGAGUCAGAGUCCUCGUCACAGACAGAAACUUAUGAGUGAGGCAAAAUAGGAUCAGCCUGUGCGUUUUGACCAGAUUCCCUGUGUCGUGGAGACGAUGGUGGAACGGCAAACUCUGGCUUUACUGAAAGGUCAAAGGUCAAACACAAGCUGACAUGUUUAUACUCAUUAGUGAGCAGUACAGAUACGGAAAGCAGAACGUUACAAAACCCCAGCAUUCCCUGCAUAUUUCUUAGUGUCUUAAACGGGAAAGGGGACGCAGUCUCGUCCUUUUGAUUCCUUUGCCAUAUAGUGUUAAGGGUAAAGCGAAAGACGUAUUUCCGAUUCAGUUUGUUUGUAUUCAGACGUUACUUUAUUUGGUCGAAGAGCCGUGGUUAUGCCGAGGGCAUCUGUACUGAGGAAUCUCUGUUAUACCGCGAGACAUGGCACUGUUGGAAAAAGAGUUGGAUUUAAAACGAAGACCAUUCAUUCGCCUGGCCUGAAUUGAAGUUUUGUUUUAUGUUCUUUUGUUUUUCUAAAACCAUUAACAAUUUAAAAAAAGAGAGAAAAAAAAGAAAUACUCAAAGUAACCACAUGUUAUAUGUUUAUUUGUAAUUGUAUACAAAGCAUCUCUCUAGGCUUCAUAGUAAAGCGUAUAUUUGUCGUGUGAAAAUAGAAGGAUGUUCUAAGUUACUUAGAAUGGCUUUGUCUUUCCCCUCAUGCAUUGAAGUACUUGAUACUUGAUCAGCAGAAUGUGAGCGCAAUGUCUGUUCAAAAAAAAAAAAAGAGAAGCUCUAUGAAUUCAAACGCUGUGAAGCAUCAAAAUCAGCAAACAGUGGAAAUGAUGAACAAAGCCAGUUUGGAUCAGGAUUUUUCUCUGCCAUUAUUUGUUUUCUUUGUAAAUCUGAAGAGAGCAGCAGUCACCACUUUUGUUUUAUAAUGUGUGAGACCAAAAAUGUUUUUUUUUUUUUUUUUAACCGUCUUGCUUUGGAUCUCUUUUUCUGCCCUGUCUGUUUGUCUUCCAUGCGUUCACACCAUUGAAACAAGACUGCCACAUUCUCAUAUGAACCACUCUCGAGAAUACGAAGAACAAAACUUAACGAAAGAUUUCAGAAUAUCAGCAUUAUUUUCCUUCUGUGUUUUUUCUCUUUCUUUGCUUUGUGGAGAGUUUCCUUCCUUAACAAAAUUAUUGUGAAAUCCACUAGUCUUUGUGGCCUUGUUAUACAUUUCAGUAUUCAAGAGCUUGUAUUUUUGCCGGCUGAAAAUUAAUCGAGGUUAUGAGUCAUCUCUUUGUCUGUUGUUUUGUUUUCCCUGUUUUUUCCCCUUUUCCUUUUUUUUUUUUUUUUUUCUGUGUUCUGUUUUUCCUCUGUUGGAUAUGUUAGAUUUUGCUGUAUGCCCUGAUGCUUUCCCUCAUAACAAAAAAAAUUAUGAAAAAGGAUAAAAAAAAACAUUUGGCUUAUUUUUCACUAUAGUUAGUCUUUUAUACAAUAAUAUUGUAAGAACAUUUCUUGAAUUCUAAAUAUUACUCUUUCUAGAUUUUUGAAAUCAAAAGUUUUGAGUAAAAAGUUUCUUACUUUAUUUUACUAUAUUAGAUAGUAAAAAAAAAUGUACGGUUAUUUACCAUAACCUGUCCAUUAUUAUAAAAAAAGAUUAUCGAUAGCAUCUUAAGAACAUAAGUAGGAUUGUAGCUCGCAGUCUAGUACGUAUGGGGUAUUGUACGAGCUCGAUGUUCCAGAGGAUGUGCUCUCCAUCUCUGUCUCCAGUCUGCAUUGUUGGUUGAUGAACGAUUUGUACCCAUGUCAAAAUUCAAGGUAUUGUCAAUGCACAUCAGAAAACCAGCAGUAAGAAGUCGAAUUCUUUCUCUUUUUUUUUUCUGUCUCUGUAACAGAAAACACAAUAUGUAUAUAACAUUUAUGUAGCAAUAAAUGUGCCAUCUUUUUUUAACUCUAUUG